AAAUAAUUGGAUAAAAUGGGACAAGAAGAAUCCAAACCUCCACCUCCACAACCUGAAUUCGAUCAACCAUGGAGGGAAAUGCCUUGGGGAGAAAAGGACAAAAUUGAACAGAAAAUGAGGACAUUCAAGCUCAAUGGAACAAGUGCUCAGUUCGUCAGGAUUCUGGUUGUUGGUGAAGUCGGAGCAGGAAAGUCCAGUUUUAUAAACUCAGUCAAUAAUGCUUUCCAAGGACGAAUCACCUCUGGGGCUCUUGUUGACAGUACAGGAGAUACCAGUUUCACAAAGAAGUACAAAACUCAUUAUAUUAAAGCAGAGGAUGGCUCCAAUUUGCCUUUUGUCUUUAAUGAUAUCAUGGGACUUGAGGACAAAUUAUCUGGUGCAAAUGCAGACGACAUCAUCAGAGCCAUAUACGGGUUACUUGAGGAAGGACACAAUUUUGAUGCAGAUGUGGUGGCCAUUAAAUACAGAAGCAACCCAAGUGUCGAGCAUCAAACCACAUGCCUGGUCAACGUUGUUGCUGCAGACAAAAUAUCAAUGAUGAAUGAUGGGGUCGUUGAUAAGCUGAAAAAAAUCCGUCAGGCUGCUACCAAACGGGAUAUACCUCAAGUAACCAUCAUCACAAGACCAGAUUCAGCAUGUCCACUGGUUCAACAGGACUUAAGGAAGAUCUACACCAGCAGGAAGAUCAAGGAGAAGAUGGAAGUGUGUAGUUAUACACUGGGGAUUCCUAUGCAUCACAUUUUCCCUGUGAAGAACUACCAUCAGGAGAUAGACACAAAUGAUGACAUGGAUCUUCUGAUUCUCAAGGCACUUGAUCAGAUUGUGCACAUCGCUGCUGACUGGUUGAACGAAAAGUCACGUAAAUCUGGUGAAGAAACUAAGAUUGAUCAUGAAAUGGGAGGAUCUAGGUCUAAGUCCAAACCUGAUGAAACCUCCAUCAACCCUAUUUCUACACCACCUCCACCACCAGAAUUUGAUAAGCCAUGGAGGACAAUGCUUUGGGGGGAUAAACACGCUUUAGAAGAGAAAAUGAGGAACUUUAAGCUCGACAGUACUGAUGUUAAGUUUGUCAGGAUUCUGAUCGUUGGUGAAGUCGGAGCAGGAAAGUCCAGCUUUAUAAAUUCAGUCAAUAAUGUUUUCCAAAAGCGAAUCACCUCUGGGGCACUUGCUGGAACAUGUGGAACCAGUUUCACAAAAAAAUAUCAAACCCAUUAUAUCAAAGGGAAGGGUAGCUCCCAUUUGCCUUUUGUCUUCAAUGAUAUCAUGGGACUUGAACGUGAAGGUACCGCAGGCAUACAUGUAGAUGACAUUAUCUCAGCCAUAAAGGGGCUAAUUGAGGAAGGAUACAAAUUUAAUCCUCUUCAUCCUGCAUCUGAGAAAGACUCCAAAAACAAUCCCAAGGUUUCUGAUCAAACCUUCUGCCUGGUCAACGUUCUAGAUGCAAACAAAGUGUCAUUCGCGAACCAAGAGCUAAUUGAUAAGAUUAUACAGAUUCGUAAGGCGGCUUCAGAGUUAGAUUUGCCUCAAGUCAUCGUCAUGACAAAAGUUGAUGAAAUUUGCCCACUGGUUCAAAAGGACAUAAGAAAGGUCUACACCAGCAAGAAGAUUAAAGAAAAGAUACAGGGGUGCAGUAAUGUACUGGGGAUUCCAAUGAAUCACAUCUUCCCUGUGAAGAAUUACCAUGAGGAGAUUGACACAGUUGAUGACAUGGAUGUUCUGAUCCUCAAGGCACUUGAUCAGAUUGUGAAUCUUGCCAAUGAUCUGCUGGUUCAGAUGGACAUCCACAGCCGAGCAGAAGGGCCGAGCGAUGUCCACAGCCGAGCUGAAGGUCCGAUUGAUGUCCAAAGCCAAGCAGAAGGGCCGAGGGACAUCCACAGCCGAGCAGAAGGGCCGAGCGACGUCCACAGCUGAGCUGAAGGGCCGUGCAUAACCCCCGGAAGCACCGCAGCCGGACCCACGUCUUGAUGACCAGAGUAGGAAGAAGGGUGGGAGGGUGGGAAAGAUCCUCCACCACGGGCCUGCAACUAAAAGUCCUGGCCAAAAGUCCGGGCUGAGUUCUUACACACCCGCCAUGUCAUUUUUAAUUAUUCAACCCACGGCUUAACAACAGCAUCUGUGGAUAUAACCACAGGUGUCCCAGGUGAAUCGAGCAUUGUGAACAAAAUAUUAGAGCUUCUAACAAUUAUUUUGGUAAAAGACUCAACCAUCAAAUGUUUAUUGUUAUUUAAUAUUAUAAUAUAUUGAAUCCUGUAAUGAACUGUGUGGCACAGAGUCAGACACAUGAGCAGUAGAAUCCAUGUGCGGAUGUUUUAAUAAAAUACGGCAGAUCCAAGGCAGACAAGUCCAAAUAGGCAAACAGAGACAGAACAAGAAGAAGAAACAGGCUGCACAAUCCAAUAAUCCAAAGAGAAAGUCAGCAUAGGGAUCAAUACCACAAACACAAUCAAAACUCAUAACAAUCAAGGAAGAAACAGGUAGGUACACGGAAAACAGGCAAGAAUGAUGAUCACAAAUAAACUUGAAGUCGCAGUAAAACUGA